UGGGAGAGUUAAAAUUAAUAAAUUUCGAUAAUGUUUUUAAAUGUUUAAAUAAAUAAACUCAAAACCAAAACAGAAGAACCGAACUUUUUCCCCUUGGCCGAAGAAGAUUCCCUCUCUUCUCCGUCGACGAAUCCUGCAAGCGAGCUUGAGCAAGAGAAAAAACACAAGAAAGAGAGAGAUGGGUUUCUUCUCGUUUCUUGGAAGAGUUCUCUUCGCUUCUCUCUUCAUCCUCUCCGCCUGGCAAAUGUUCAAUGACUUUGGAACUGAUGGUGGUCCUGCAGCUAAAGAAUUAGCUCCAAAGCUUGAUCUGGCCAAGGCACAUCUAUCUUCUAGAUUAGGUGUAACUUUGCCUAGCAUAGAGGUGAGACAAGUCGUUGUUACUAUUCUUGCCCUGAAAGGAGUCGGAGGCUUACUCUUUGUUAUCGGAAACAUCGUCGGUGCUUACCUUCUGGCUUUCUACUUGGUUGUCGUCAGUCCUAUUCUGUAUGAUUUCUACAACUACGGACCUGAGGAACGCCAUUUCUCUCCUUUGUUGACCGAGUUCUUGCAGAGCGUUGCACUCUUUGGAGCAUUGCUCUUCUUUAUUGGAAUGAAGAACUCAACACCUUCCAAGAGGAGUCUGAAGAAGAGGACUCCUAAGCCGAAAGCUGCUUAAUAUCUUUGGUUUUUCCCUUCAUUUUUUUUAUCCGGACAGAAUUGUUUCUUAGAACUUUGGUUUUCUUUCUGUUGUAGGAUUCUUAGAUUAGCUCAUGUAAUACUUAUCUUUUUGCUUUGAUUCCAUAUUGGGUAUCUUGGAGUUUCGAUUUGUUGAAACUUGAUCCAUUCAGCUAUGAAAGAACGAUUUCAAGACC